GAAUCGGGUGUAUCGGUCGAUUGCUGGGUGCUUUGGCUCCAUUGUGCUCACGAGCACCAUGGUCAUGCGUUUGGCUGUGGUGAUUGCAGACACUGUGGUGCACUGCCCCAAGAAGUAUGGCUUGGAACCCAAGGUCUGCGCCCUGGACAUCCUGGGCAUCCUGGGCCUGCUGGGUGCCUCCGUGCGCUUCGGCGCGACCUCGGGCAUCACCUGCCGCGCCAUCGUGGGCGAGGCGUCGCAGACGGCCGCCUGCACCCAGGCGAUCGCGGCGAUGCCCACGGGGGUCUUCAGUGGUGCAGCGGUGCUGGGGAAUGUGAAUGCGGCCUGUGGCAAGGCUCUGGAAAAUUGGGAUCCGGCGAAUUGGCCCAAGAAAGAGUCGGUGGAAGAUGAGGAGGAGGAGCAAAAAGGGGACUUCAUCAUCCCCGAUGCCUAAGGAUGCAAUUAAAGAUAGUGCAGAGGACGCGAGUGACGGGAAAAUCGAUGAGGACGGAUGGCAUUCGGGGGUCAAGAAUCCAUGAAAGACUG